AUGAACGGAGAAUGCGUUGUUAAGGUUCUCAACAGGUGUUCCGUCCAGGAUGCUGAGCAUUUGUCAGAUAAAAUCCAAGGAAAGGAAAGUUUACUCUCUCUGUCUCUCUCUCUCCUCUCUCUCUGUCUCUCUCUCUGUGUCUCUCUCUCUGUCUCUCUCUCUGUCUCUCUCUCUGUCUCUCUCUCUGUCUCUCUCUCUCUCUCUCUCUCUCUCUCUCUCUCUGUCUCUCUCUCUCUCUCUCUCUCUCUCUCUCUGUCUGUCUCUCUCUCUCUCUCUCUCUCUCUGUCUGUCUCUCUCUCUCUCUCUCUCUCUCUGUCUGUCUCUCUCUCUCUGUCUCUCUCUCUCUGUCUCUCUCUCUGUCUCUCUCUCUCUGUCUCUCUCUCUGUCUCUCUCUCUCUGUCUCUCUCUCUCUCUCUCUCUCUCAAGCUCUCACUCUCUCUCUCUCUCUCUCAAGCUCUCUCUCUCUCUCUCUCUCAAGCUCUCUCUCUCUCUCAAGCUCUCUCAAGCUCUCUCUCUCAAGCUCUCACUCUCUCUCUCUCUCUCAAGCUCUCUCUCUCUCUCAAGCUCUCAAGCUCUCUCUCUCUCUCUCUCUCUCAAGCUCUCUCUCUCUCUCUCAAGCUCUCUCUCAAGCUCUCAAGCUCUCUCUCAAGCUCUCUCUUUUCAAGUCCUUCUCUCUCACCUUCUCUCUCUCUCUCUCUCUCUCUCUCUCUCUUGACGGGAAAUCGGCGCCGAGCGUCAUUCAAGAAAGGGAGGAUGGACCCGUCCACGAGGCGCAAUUCGUGGGGUAUACCCAGCAUCAGGGGUCAAUUGCCGGGUCAGCCGACCCAUAUUCGCUUUGAUGAUUCGCCGGCGGCGUCGCCGGUGCGCGCGCCGCACCAGCGGAGCCAGCAGCAGCAGCACUCGUGGGCACAGCGCCCGGAUGAGGCGUAUCAUCAUCAGCAGCAGCAGCAGCAGCAGAUGAGCAAGUUCCAGACCAUGCCUCUGGGUAUAAAACGCAGAGCCGACAAUGCAAUGUAUCAUGGCAAGAUGAUGCGCACGCUGCUCAGAAAGAUCAACCGCACACCCGCCAUGCAUGCGCUCUUGAACAAAAUUGAAGACCUUUUCGCAGAGCUGGUGCGCCUGAAGAAAAUGCGCACAUACGAAUCUGUGCGACACCGAGCCGCAGUGCAAAGCAUCUCGGACCGCUUGCGAACGGCGGCUGAGCAAGCCAGACAACUGAUUGACAGUUUGGCAUCGGUGCCUAAAUCAUCAAACGAAGACUCGCCCGCGGUCGCUGCCGUAAAGGAGGCGCGAGCCGACGAGCAACCCGACGCCCGCCCCGCGGCCUCGCAACCCGACGCGGUCGGACAAGCAACCGCGUCUUCUACCGCGGCCUGCCCUCGACCUGAUCCCGAGGCCUUACCAGAGGCCGUCAAGACCUCAGAGCCAAAACCUCACACUGGCCAGGCCGUCUCGCAGCGCAUACAAACGGAGAGCGUGGAAGCCCCAACAAAGGCCAAAAAAAAUAGCAAGCGACCCUUGCCUGAACGCGUAUCCGCCGCCUCGCCCCGGGUCCGCAAGCGCAAAUCCGUUUUUGACCGCCUUCGUGACGCAGAUUCCUCCCAUUCAAACGACCAACGCGCGACCAGCCUCACUCUCAACCGGCUCAAACCAAGGAACACGCGUCUGGGCUCCCCACAACCACGCUCGGUCCAUGCAAGACUUCAUUUCGACAGCCCCAGUCGGCCGGCCGCUACGGAUGCCUCCACACACGUUCAUCGCCGAACGGUUGUUAUCUCUCACGACUCAAGCUCUGAAGACGGCUCCUCUGACUCUGAAGCCAGCAUCUACUCUGAUGCCCCAGACGACUCGUCUGAUGUCUCAGUGAGUGAGGUGGAGGGAGCUGCACACCAUUCCGUCGCAUUGGCCACGGAUGACGGGGACCCGAGCUCGUCCGAGGUAGACCCGGAUGAGGAAUCGGACACGAGUCACGUCCAUGAGGUUGGGCUGGGUUCAAGCUUGCGCGACCGCUUGGGUAGCCCUCGCCCAGCCGCGCGAUCUGAGGCCGACGCCAGCAGCCGUCCCCACAGCCACCAUCGCAACAACUUUGCCACCCGUCGCCUGCAAUCCACAUCCCCCGUUCAGUCGCAAGACAGCCUGUCUAGCAUGUCGUUGGACUACGGUGACGAAAACCACGCCCGGGACCUCGAUCACCCCUCACCCGGGAACAUGCACGAGCCCGAUUUGGAUGAUGCCGGUGGUGAGUCUGACUUUACCCCCAGCUCGCCGUCAGUGGAAUAUUCGCCCAUCUCGUCAGCAAGCAGCAGUCAUGCCGCGUCCCCACGCCGCACAGACGAGCGGCAAAACGAGCUGGAUGCCCUGUUGACAGACACCGCCGACACCAACCUUGACUUUUUGGGCGCUCCGACCGAGGACGCGCCGCCGGCAAACGCAAUGGCGCCCGCCGUCAGUGCCGCGAAACCCUUGCGUCACGAUUCCGUCUCUUCAAAGGUUCGCGAGCGAACCAUUCCAGCUGGCUUUCGCGUCUCUCGCCUGCCCGCGGACCAAGCCAAGAGGGCCUUGAGUACAACGAAGCGCCGUGUGUUUUCGCCCCCCAGCAAGAAGUCCCGCCCAUCACCGUCACGGCAUGACGCUGCUGGUUCCGAGCUUGAGACCGGAGAUCAAGCCAGUGCAGACGCCAAGGGUAGCUCUGGCUCAACUAUUGAAGUCAGCUCAAGCGACGAAUGGCAGGACGCUGCAGCGGUGGGUUUGCCCUCCCCCUCGACCAUCAAAGCCUGGGCUCAGGCACCAGGCCUGGAAGCCGACGCACUCGUUGCCUGGGCCUUUCCACAAGUAGCGCCACAGCGCCGCAAGCGAUGGGAUCAGCCACACCCUACGCCCACCACCGUGCUCCAGCUCGACUCGUCACUGCUCGCCGACGUGCGAGCCUGCCGUGCCGAGGCCCUGGCACUCCUCUCGCUCCAGCGUCGUUGGCUAAGCAGCUUGAGUUGA